UCGCGAAUUUUCCUGCCAGAAUUGUGCACGUAUCCUGAACUACUCCAGUACCCUGAUGCUUUCCUGCAUGUUAUUGUAAUAGAUUUCGUGUGACGAGCAACGCCGAUUAUAGCAUGGCUUCCCCAAAAGCUUGUUCAGCUUUUGCAGCUGCUUAGUAGGUCAAGCCUGUGCGCAGCGUAAACCCAAGAGACGUCCUCAUAAAACUCAGCAGCCCAAAUCGUUACGCCGGUGGUCGUCGUAAUACUAGUUCGGCAGGAUGGCAGACGAGGAGUGGCUUCGAUUCCAGGCGGAGCUAGCGGCCGUGGAGCAACAUGUGGUGACGGAGGAGCCGCAGCAAGGGGGCCCAGCUGCAGGGUCGGCAUUACCCGUUGCUCCGCCCCCGACGCGACCCCCACCGAUUGCGGUAGCGCAGGCCCCUCCCGUGGUCUCUAAGCCACCUGUAACAGCCAUGGCGGCCCCGCAAGGGCCCCAGUUCUCCGCGCCACCGGCGGCUUCGUUGGCCCCACCUGUUCCGGGGCUCAUGGCCAAUCAGGGCUUCCAGCAGCAGGGCAUGUACGGGCAGCCAGGCAUGAUGCAAGCCGCUAUGGGAAUGGGGAUGGGUGGCAUGCCCAUGGGGAUGGGCAUGGGUGGGACGGGAAUGGGCAUGCAGCAGCAACAGCAGCAGCAGCCGGCUGGCGGCGGAGGCAGCGCCGCAGCAGGAGGGGCCGCCAAGCCCGGCGGGUCCAAGCAGCAGCAGGGCGGUAAGAAGAAGGUCCUGCUGCGCGAGGCUGGUGGCCAAAAGUGGGUGGACCCCACACUCAACGAAUGGCCGGACAACGACUUCCGCAUUUUUGUGGGCGAUAUAGGCAAUGAGGUGACGGAUGACUUGCUGGCCAAAUCGUUCUCCAAAUACUCCUCGUUUGCCAAGGCCAAGGUGGUCCGAGACCCGCGUACCAAGAAAAGCAAGGGCUACGGCUUCGUCAGCUUUUUGGAUGGCAACGAUUUCGCCAAGGCGCUUAGGGAGAUGAACGGCAAGUAUAUCGGCAACCGGCCAUGUAAGCUGAGCAAGAGUAGCUGGGAUGAACGCACAGUACGGAAGGUGACUCUGCGAGAGCCCCCGGCCGGUAACGCGAACAAGAAGCAGAAGCGGUGAAGAGCACAUCAGACGUAGCCCGUGGGGGCCGGAGCGGGCGGAUUUGGCAAUGCGACGUUGUUAGUGUGCGUGUUGGCUGUUGAGGGCUGCUGCAUGUCAAGCGGCUCUUUGGUUGGGUCGUUGGACAUCCUGCACGGAACACGGCGGUCAAGGGGUGCCUUGCAGGCUUUCCUUAAAGGCUUGUGUUGACCAGCUUUGGUAAAGGAGUGAUCAGGAGGUUAAGUUGUGCUUGCAUGUUCUCGAUGGCUGAGCAUGUUUCCUGUGUCGUGCAUUGAUGCAUAUCGUUCCAUCGCUCGAGGCUCGACUUGUCAAGGGGUACGGUGUUACGGUUGGACGGUUACAUUGUACGCAAACGCAAUACAGGGCUGCAAGUAUGCCUACGGUGAAGAAUUUUUGAACGUGCAGCG